ACAUCACAAAUUUUUCGUGUUUAAAAACAUAGACUUUUUUUUUUGGAUACAGUAUAAAUAUUAUUGACUGUUCCAGAACGUUUCGUAUUUAAAGAGAACGAAAAUUGAUAAUCGUCAAUAAAGACAAACAAUGACGACGACCACGCCACCGUCCUUGUUCCAUUCGCUAUUUCAGUUAAUCGAUCGACGCGUUACGUACGUCGUUCUUGCAAGAAUAAUCUUCGUUUGCUACGGAGGAAAUCGAUUUACAUUAUCAUUUAUACGUUGCUUUCGUCUUCGUUGUUAAUAACCUAUACGAGAUAAAUUAUUGAGUGAAAAAAUCGUGAAAAAGUCGUCGUCGUCGUCGUCUUUAUUGCCGUUUAAAAAUUUUUUUCGACGAUAUCAACGAUAUGACGAUAAUUGCGCCAUUAUUUGAAAUCGUUUAUCGGCCUGUAUUUAUGUCGAAUAAUAAUGCAACUUUUUAAAGGAGGCAAAAAAGGUUAAUCGAAAUUUUUACGUCAAAAAUUUACUUGGAUCGUUUUAAAUUCGAGAAUAUCUUUUCUAAUUUCAAACGAUACCGUGUUAAUCGUAUCGUCCAAUCAGAUUCUGAUUAUAACAGGUAGUAUUUCAUGAAAAUAAAGCAAAAGGAAUAGAUCCAUUUAAAAACCAUUUUGAAAGUGCCUCGACUAAAAUGAAAUUACGUAUUUAUUUGAAUCUUGUUUAAAUAAAGACUAUUAAGAUUACCUAGGAUACACGUACACACAAUACACGUAUUUGUAAUUUAAUAAAUAAACAAACACACGCUGAAAGCAAUAGUAUGUGUGCAUUGUAUUCUAUAAGUUGAACACCGAUGAGAACAUGUAAACAAUUUCUUUCUGUUAUAUGUUUAUCGAUUAGUUAUAUUAGAAUAUAAAAUUAUACAGCUUAAGAAGAUGAAGUUUAGAUGCAGAAUGAUAGACCUUACAGCUAUGCGAGAAUUUACUAAUAUUGUCACUAUCAUUUCAAGGAUAUCAAAACAGUGUAUUUUACGAUUAACUACGGACGAAAUUUCUUUCAAUAUAGGUUAUGAUAGUGUACCUGUUCUAUGGGCAGAAUUAUCUCAAAGUCAUUUCUUUACCGAAUAUAUCAUGAGUGGCGUUUCCGAAGAGCAGAAUGAAAUUUAUUUAGAAUUUGAAUCGGCGAUGCUUGCUAGGAGUCUAGGUUCUCUUCGUUUACAUUCAAAAAGUGUAAAAAUGAAAUUAACGAACAAACUUCAACCUUGUAUCACGUUUGAAAUCGAAUUAUCAUCUUCUACCGUGGAGUCAAGACAAUGUGUUCAUGAUGUGCCAGUAAGAGUCGUGCCACGAAAGGAAUGGACUGUUUACAAAGUUCCUGACAUACCAGAAUUUGAUAUAUCCAUAGAUAUGCCACAACUUAAGUAUUUACGUAAUAUUGUAGAAAGAAUGAGAAACAUGAGUUCACAAUUAACAUUAACAGCUGAUAAAACUGGUAUGUUCGUUUUAAGGGUAGAAACCGAUAGCGCGAAUGUAUCCACGCAUUUUCAAGAAUUAAAAGUUUGGUCUUGUAGCCAAGUUGAAGACAAUUUCACAGUGUCUGCUACGAUAGAUGUCAAAAAGUUUUUAACGUUUUUAUCUUGGGACAUAGUUCAUCCGAAUUCCGUAAGAUGUAAUAUAUUGGAAAAUAAAAUAGUGAAUUUAUUUUUAGAUUUAUCAGGAUAUUUAAAAGUUCGCUAUUUUCUUCCUGCGAUUGCGACAUAAGAAUUGAUUAAUUAAAUUAUAAGGUAUGAAAUAAAAAGUAUAUUUAUUUUA